AUGGAUCAAUUUUUCGGUGUAGUAAAGGGAAUGUCCAGCCAAACGCAAGCACAAAGUCGUGGGGGAGUGAAAAUUUCCGUGCUCGAUCCUCCUUUUCAAAGUUCAUCCGAAUUGAUAACUGCUUCUCAACCUCCUUUCAGAGUUCUACCCUUCUCCAAAUCACAGAUUGACGAUACUCAAGCGACAAGCUCGUAUUUUUGUCAAGAGCAACUCAGAAAUGAUGAACAAGAAACAAUAGCUGAUCUUCCCGGCUUAUCUUCGUUUUCUCGAGGAAAAGAGAAGUUGCAUUCAGAACCAAAACAAGUUAACAGAAUUCGAACAGAAUUGGCUUCUGAUGAUAUAAAAUUAGUCAAUGAACUUGGUCGAUUGGCGCCUGAUCAACUGGUGGCUUACAUCAAAAACGUUCAAAAUGCGGCUCUCAAUUUGUCUCUCGAAGAAAAGAAACAAUUCGAAAAGGGACGUUUUUUGAAGAUUUUUACAACAGAA